AAAUUAUCAUUUUUUUCUGUGUGUAAAACCAUUCCGAAUUGAUUAACCAAUAAUCCAUAUCAUCAAGAAUCCUCAAAAAAAAAUUUUGUUUUGUUUUUCGUUUUUUUUUUGAAUUGAAUUGAAUUUAAUUUUGAAAUAAUUGUUGUUUGAUAAAAUUGAUAAUGGUCAUGAGUUCUUCAUUUAUGAUGAAUUCUACGCCGGCGGCCUAUCCAACGGCCGCCAUCGUUGAUCAUAAAUCAUUUGUACCAUCAAUGAGUUUAAUGGAUCCAUUAUCAUUAGAUUAUGGUACAGGAUUAUCUGGUAUGUCCAGUACAAGUGUUAGUGGUGUUGGUAAUAAUGGAAAUAGUGGAAUUGGAUUAAUUGGUACCGGUGUAAAUGGUAUUAGUACAACACAGAAUGGUCAAAAUAGCCAUCUAAAUCAUUUAAAUACAAAUCAUCCACAUCAUUCACAUCAUAAUCAACAUCAUACACAUCCACAUCAAAAUCCACAUCAUAGUUCAUAUUCAUUAUCUGAUUAUUAUGGUAGCCAUCAUCAUACGACACAUCAAUCAUCAACGGCUACAUCGAAUGCAAUUCAAUCAGCAAUUGGUGUUGCAGCAGCUGCUGCUGCUGCUGCUCAAUCACAAAUGUCACCAAUGGGUCUUGUUGGUCAACAUCAACAUCUUGGUGGUGGUGGUAGCGGAGUUGGUGGUGGCAGUACCGGUUCCGGUAAUGGAUUAUCAUCAUCAUCAUCUUCACCACAUACACAUCCAAUGAAUCAUCAAAUGAAUACACAUCAUUAUGGUUAUCAUUUAAAUUAUUCAACAAUUGAUCAAAACCCGGUACACGUUACACAUCCAAAUGUAUCUCAUCAUACUGGUCAUCCAAAUUUACAUCAUCCAUCACAUCAUCAUUUAACACAUCAUCCAUCACAUCAACAAAAUCAUCAUCUAACAACUCAUCAUCAUCCUCAUCAUCAUCAUCCAUAUGGUGCACAUUCAAUGGCAUCAACAUUAGGUCAAUCAAUGGCCAAUUCUAUAUCAACAUUAGGUGUUAAUAAUAAUAGUAAUAAUAGUAUUUCAGCAUUAGGUAAUGGACAUCAAUAUUUUUCACAAUGUUCAAUGAAUGUUGGUGGUAAUAAUAACAGUAGUGUUGGUGGUGAUGUUUCACCACUUGGACCAUUAUCAAUGUCAUCAGGUCAACAUCCAUUAUCAUUACAGAAUUCAACAACAACAACAACAACAGCAACAUCAUCAUCAUUAACAAAUAAUCCAUCAACAACACCGAAUAAUCAAAUAUCACCAACAAGUCAUCAACAUAAUCAACAACAACAUUCACCAUUGGGUGGUACAAAUAGCAAUCUUAAUUCUUCUGGUGGUCCAGGUAGUUGUGGUGGGGGUGGUGGACAUUUAUCAUCACGUGUAUCAAGUCCAUCAUUAAUGGGACAACGUUCACCACAAUCACCUGGUAGUCGUUGUAAUCAAUCAAUGGGAAUUCUGAUUGAUCCACCAUCACCAAUGAUUGAUGAUUGUGCAUUAUCUACGGCUUCGGGUUCUGAUUCUGGUACUGGUGGUGGUGGUGGUAGUAGCAGCGGUGGUGGGGGUGGUCAUCCAGUAAUAUAUCCUUGGAUGAAAAAAGUUCAUAUUGCACCCGGUAAAGGAGGUAUACAAAAUAAUGGCAAUAAUUUCAGUGGUGCUGAAGCAAAACGACAACGAACAGCAUAUACACGUCAUCAGAUAUUAGAAUUGGAAAAAGAAUUUCAUUUUAAUCGUUAUUUAACUCGGAGAAGACGCAUAGAGAUUGCACAUUCACUUUGCUUGAGUGAACGACAGAUAAAAAUUUGGUUUCAAAAUCGCCGAAUGAAAUGGAAAAAAGAUAAUAAAUUACCAAAUACAAAAAAUGUUAAGAAAAAAAAUCCACAAAAUCAACAGAAUCAACAGAAUAAUAAUCAACCGAACAAUAAUAAUAAUAAUAAUAAUAAUUCCAUUGGUGGCAAUACAAAUUCUGAUUCUUCAGUAACGCCAACAACAACACCAACAGCAUCAGCAACGAUAUUAAAUCAUCCAAAUCAAUCAUCAACACCGAAUCAUAUGAAUCAUCAACAACAACAACAACAAAUUGAUCAUCAACAACAACAAAUUCAUCUAAGUCAUCCACAACAACAUCAUCUUCAUCAUCAUCCAUCAAUGGGUAUUCAACAACCACCUCCUCAAUCAAUAACCCCACAACCACAACCACAAGGUGGACCAUUAUUGAAUGAUAUUAAAACAGAAUCAUCGAAUAAUGGUCCACCUGGUUUAUAUGGUAUAACCGAAUUAUGAAAUCAUCUUUGAUUUUCUGAUGUUUUUUUCUGUUCUGUCAACUAAUCCUCAUCAUCAACAACUAUCUCUUUCAAUAUUUACCUGCUUUGUCAAAAGCAGUGAAUUUCAGAAUCUCAUUCUCAUCAUCAUCAUUAUUCAUUGAUUGAUUCCUAAAUCUCAUCAUUCAUCUCUCUCACACUUUCUAUUCAGUGCAACAAACUCAUCAUCAUUAUUAUCAUUAUUUUGAUCCACUAAAUCACUCACUUUUUAG